AUAGUAAUAAUUAUUAUAAUAAAAAGUAAAAUAAAUUUCGCAAAUAUUGGAAUUUCAUGGCACUAUCAAAUAAAAAGAAGUAAAAUAUCUAAAUACAUGCAUAUCUACCUAAAUAAAGCAGCUGGCGUGUUGUUAUUGUAGGGUGCGGCCGGCGUGUUUUAUUACUUUUGUGAUUUCACAAUCACAUACAUGAUCAAUAUUAUUUUGUAUUAGGUAUUUAUUUUCAUACAGCAAAAGAACUAUUACUGUAGGCUGAAAUCUACUUAGGUAUUGUAAAAAUUAUCUGUACUUCUCUACUUCUUGCGAAAAAAUGAGUUUCCAACUUGUUUGACUACAAUUUAUUUGAAUAUAUUUGAAAAACCUACUUCUGGUAAAUAUAUUUUUGAAAAUACCAAUUAUGCGCAUCAGACCUGAUAAAUAUAUAUAUUUAAAUUUACUGUUAUAAACAGUACUUACAUUCUCUGGUCAGUGCAAUACCCAAUAUCAUUACAUUCCUAUUUGGAAGAACUGUUGAAUUUUAUGAAGAUAACUGCAUAGAAAGAAAUUCUAGCCAAGUUUAGAAAAAUUACAGACAAAGCAUAAAAUUAAAAUUUCUCAUGUCGUUCUUGGCAAGAUUUAACUUCCAUUACUAUUUAAUAAAUAAAAGGAGCAAAUCUACCAACUAGCUGUCACCAAAAAUUUAUACAAUAAUCCCUUUUAAGCAUUUUAAAGGAAAUAAAGAUAAACUAGAAUGAAAAUAGUCUGAAUGGUAAAUCAUUUACCAAAAUUUUCAAGCUCAUACUGAAGAGCUAGCAACAAUUUUAAGCAAUGCCUCAUUCAGAAAGUGGUUAAAAAUACGCAAUAUCCUUGCAAUCAAAGAGAAUUUAUCAUAAUGCAAACCUCAAAAAAAUUCACAGUCCAAAAGAGGCAAGGCACUACAGGCGGUCUUGAUGGACAUUUUUAUGAAAUUGACUUAUUAAUUUUAGGCAAAUUAAGAGGAGAAAGAGACACAAAAAAAUUUUACUUAACAACAAAUAUAACAGGUGUUGGAGCUUUUGAUGAUGUAGUUAUGCGGUACUGGCAGAAUAAUGAUAAAGAGGAAACAUCGACAAUAAUUCUUUUGCAAGCCAAGCAUAUAGAUGAUCCUAAAAAAGUUUUCUAUCAUGGCUUCACGUAAAAGGGUAUUUGAUCUUCUGAGAACAAUCAAUGUUGCAACUUGUCAAUGCCCAGCCCAUGCACAUAGGGGCAAAAUUCAAGUGUCCAACUCAACACCAUUGAAGGAUUAUGCAUUUGAGAUAAAAUGUUCCACCGUGCGGUAUGGGUUGGGGGUGACAAGAGAGGUUGGCUUAGAUCUGGUGAACCUUGGAGCCAAAAAUGUCUGCGUCAUGACAGACUCAAAUCUAGUCAGCCUUAGUCCAGUAAAAACAGUGUUGGAUUCACUCAUAAAAAAUGGAAUUAAUUACAAAAUCUAUGACAAAGUGAGGGUGGAGCCUACUGAUUCUAGUUUCAAAGAUGCUGUGAAAUUUGCAAAGAAAGGAAAUUUUGAUAGUUUUGUGGCAGUUGGUGGGGGGUCAGUUAUGGAUACUUGCAAGGCUGCAAACUUGUACUACUGUGAUCCUGAAGCGGAUUUUUUGGACUAUGUUAAUGCACCAGUUGGUAAAGGAAAACAAGUAACUGUUCAGUUGAAACCUAUGAUUGCAAUUCCAACAACAAGCGGGACAGGCAGUGAAACCACUGGUGCUAGUAUAUUUGACUUGGAAGAAAUCCACGCAAAGACCGGCAUCUCCCAUGCGGCACUGCGCCCUAUCUUGGCCAUCAUAGACCCUCUCCACACCCUGAGUCUGCCUGAGAAGGUAUCAAACUAUUCUGGAUGGGACAUCUUCUGUCAUGCCCUGGAGAGUUUUACGGCCAUUCCAUAUACUGAGAGGGGGCCAGCGCCGGCCAAUCCAGCUUUAAGGCCGACUUACCAGGGCAGCAAUCCCAUAUCUGAUGUGUGGGCCAGGUUUUGUUUACAGAGUCUCCAAAAGUACUUUGCCCGUGCCGUAUACAAGCCCGACGAUAUAGAAGCCCGGUCCACUAUGCACUUGGCCGCCACCAUGGCGGGAGUGGGCAUCGGGAAUGCGGGAGUUCACCUCUGUCACGGGCUCGCGUAUCCCAUAGCUGGGAAUGUUAAGACAUUCGUGCCACAGGAUUAUGGAAGUGACCCAAUCAUACCCCACGGCCUUUCUGUAGCCGUGACCGCGCCCGCCGUGUUCCGUUUCACGGCGCCGAGCGACCCCGGCAAACACUUGGAGGCGGCGUCUCUCCUCGGGGCCGACGUCACCGGGAAAAAGCAAGCGGACGCCGGGAAAAUACUGUCUGACACAAUCCUAAAGUAUAUGGACGUCAUGAAAACGGAGAAUGGGCUGAGUGCACUCGGAUAUUCAUCUGAUGACAUCCCUGCGUUAGUCAAAGGAGCUUUACCGCAGCAACGCCUGCUGCAGAUCUCGCCAUUGCCUCAAUCUGAAGAAGAUUUAUCUAAAAUACUGGAAGAGUCAAUCAAAAUUUUCUAAUUGUUUUGCAAUAAGUUUUACAUUUAAGUUUUAAAUAUGUUUUUAUAUUUUUCUAAUAAUUUAAUACAAAUGUUUUUAUGUUUAAGAAUUACCAAGUUGUCAGAUUCCUUGACCGUAACCAGUUAAUAUUAUUAGAUUUGUUCAAACAUGCUUAAGGAAUCUGUUAAGGUCACAGCGCAUAUACAAACUCUGAAACAUUGUCGUCGUAUUCACUUUAGCCUCGCGUUCCACUUGACGACAAGCACACAACAAACCGAAUCAGCAGCUCCGAUAUGACGGUUAUUUGGCGCGACGAAAUCCCUUGUAGGGAUAAAUCCGCCGUUCGUAAAGUUUACAAAGGAAUUACUUGGCGUGCCACGCCGACCGGAGAUUACUACUGGCUGCAAGGGUGGACGAAGAAUCCACCGGAGUACGCACCGGACCGAAUUGUAAUGCGGUUUACGAGGGGUCCAUAUUGAUCCUCAUAAAUUUUAAUAGCAUUACAUAUUUGAAGAUUGCAUAAAGUGUUUUGGCAUAAUCAUCGUUUCUCAUAAUGUUUUACAUGUGGAACGAUGGUUAGGUCAAAAGAAAUUUGCAGGUUUGUAAUUAUGCUAAUUAGACACGUAAUUGUGUCACAAUAAGUGUGCAUUGUAACAGAGAAUUUCAUGCAUGGAAUAUAGAGGCUCGGGUUGAUAUGGUGUCGAUUUUGAUACCAGAGUUUAUGUAUCUGCUGCCUUAGGUUAAGCGUAUUAGUAAAUGUAAUUAAAUGUUCAGAUUCUCUAAAAGAGAGAUGGACUCAAAAAUGUUAAAAGUACGUAAUAGAUGUAAAACAUAUACACGGUAUAUCAUGGUGCCAUGCUAUUUUUAUUAGUUAAGAGUUAAGCAUGAUAAACUUUAAGAGCAAUUGUUUUAUAGGGGAAUAAUAUAAUUGUAAUCUAUUAUAUUUUUAAACAGAGAUUGUUAUUAAUUAAAAAUUAUUAUAGAAAAA